AUGCGCGAGAAGGCAACCUUGCGUGACACGUUCUUCGGUAUCAAGGCCGAGCCGCAGAGACCAACAUCGGUAGCAACGGAAUUCAUGGACAUGGAAUGGGACGAUGAGGUGCUCAGUGAGUUCGAGGACAACUCCCCUCGCAUCAGCGUCAACUCCUCCGGCGGCCAACCAAGUAUCACAACACUUUCAUCCUACGAUGAGGUGUCAACGCCGAGGUCAAGUCAAGGGCGCAUGAUGUACGCUGUCGAGGUCGAGCACUCGAACAAGAAGAUCGAGGGCCCUACAGGCCCGCACCUGUUCCGCGCCUCCAGUUCGGGCUACUUUGACGAGGCCGUCCUGAGCCUCUCCCCUAUCACACCAAAGACGGCGCGGCCGUUUGAUGAGCCUUUCAAGCACAUCAGACCGCAACAACCGCCCAUGCCUCAGUCAAGACAACAACAGAGCGGCCCCUUCCAGUUUACGUACGAAGAGCUCGAGUCAAGAGAGCUUGUCUCGUGGACCCCCGAGAUGGUUGCGCAGUCUAUGCUUAAUGCCGGCAUUGAGCUCUCGGUUGCCGGCCGCUUCGUGGAGAACGACAUCAACGGGCCCAUCCUAAUCACAUUGAAGUUUGAGGACCUGAAGGAGCUGGACAUCCCGUCCUUUGGCAUGAGGACGCGCGUCUGGAACCAGAUCCAGGUGCUACGGGACAGCAGACCGAGCUCGCCCCGCGCCCCGACGCCCAUCCAAGACGAGCCCAGCCGGGAAGUCAAGAAGGAGAGCCGCGAGAACAGAGCAGCUGAGAGGCAGGCGGAUGACUGCGGGUUGAGGAGGAGGAAGAGCAGCCGCAGGAGGCUCAAGAAGCCGUCCCACGACGACAUCAUCACCCCCAUGGAGUCGGUGUCCAUUGUCGGCAUCGAGCAGGUUGUCCCCAAGCCCCACCAAUGCCCAAAGGGAGAGAACUGCUCCAAGUACAGGAAACAGCAGCGUCUCAUCGAGGCUUUCCGCAAGGAACACCCUUUCGUCGACCUCGAAACGGAGCAGGUCGUCAUCACCGGAAACCCCGGCAACCCGCAGACUGCCCGAGCCCUGGACCCCAACCAGAUCCUCAGACCCAUUUCGGAUGCCGUCCCGUCAGUGGUCGCUUCCUCGGACGUUCUGGGCCCGGGCAACGCCACGCCUCUGCAGUACCUCCAGGAGGCUGCGCUCCGCAACGUCGUUGCAAGAGACCCGCAAGACAAUGUGCGCCAAUUCCUGGACUUCCAGAAGCACGAGGGCAGCAGCACCGUCCCCCCUACGCCGCCCUUCGAGAUGGCUCCCCCUGCCAUGAAGGCCCAGCCUGACCGGCUUCGUCACCUCCCAAAGCUCUCCAUCCCGGGAAGCCAGACUCCUCGUGCCAGCCCCCUCAGGGCCUCCACGGUCCCUCCUCCCUCCCAGCCCGAGCCUCCCCAGUACCAGCAAGGCUUCGUCCCCUACCACAUGGACCGCGCUGAGGCAAUGUCGCCGGAUCUGCAAAGCCCCACAAACCCCUACCGCUUCGGUACCCCCUUUUCCGAGAUGGACGUUCCCGUCACCGCCGUGCCGAUGGACCGCAUCGCGCGCGAUACCUCUCAAUCCGUCCCUCCUGAGAUGAACUACCGUCCGGGCAUCGUCAAGCAGCAGCCGCCCCUCAGCCGCACCCAGUCCCGUGCAUCCGCUCGCCGUCCCUCCUUCCCCGUCCUCCCUGCCCUGAAUGAGAACACCACUACCCCCACCGCUCGCACAUCCCCAAGGCAGACAUCUCCUCGUAUCUCCGUCCGCCCUCAGCAGCAGCAGCAGCAGCAGCAACAGCAGCCUCUGCAGGCCCCCCCUCGCGUCAACUACCCCUGGUCGCCUAUCGAACGCACCAAGCCCUUCGAGCAGGCCAUCCCCCCAAUCUCCCACCUCGCCGGAGCCCUCCCCGUCAGGCAGGCGGCCGAGGCCGCCCAGAAGGACGGCAUCACCUUCCAGGGCCCCAUGAAGAAGCGCAAGACCAAGAUGCUCCGCCACGAGUGGAACGACACGUUCUGCACGCUCAAGGGCACGCGGCUGGCGGUCCAUAAGGACGCCAAGACGAUCGACCGCACGCUCGAGUAUGUCGACGUCGACGACUACGCCAUCGCGUGCUCGAGCCUGGCGUCGCAGAGCAAGCUCUCAGCCGCCUUCAAGGCCGUCCAGUUCUCGUCCCACAGCCGCGAGAAGAGCGACCCCGUGGCCGCCUUCAGCUUCCAGCUCAUCCCUCAGGACAAGGACAAGGAGGCGGCCAAGCUGCGCAAGCGCAGCAGCGCCCUGCACGGCUUCGGCCACCACCACUCGUCGAGCGCGUCGUCCAUCCCGGCCGAGGGCGUCAACGGCACGGGCAAGACGCACCACUUUGCCGUCAAGAGCCGCGACGAACGCAUCGACUGGAUGCGCGAGCUGAUGCUCGCCAAGGCGCUUAGGCAGAAGGGCGACGGCUUCGAAGUCAGCGUCAACGGCAACAUGAUCUAG